GACACAGCAGCCGCUGCUAUUCGUCGUGCUCGUUCAAGCUUUGUGCCUCCCAAUGUUGCUGCAGUGAAAGUGGCCAAUAUACGUUCGCAUUCUGCUCGGCACAGAUGCAUCAACGACUUGAAAGCUCAAAAUGUACCGAAUGAAGUGGGCAAAACAUUUGCCCGCAUCAAAUCCAAUAGUGUGUAUGGAAAAUAUGGCCGUCUCACACCAGAGCAAGCGGCUGCUAGUUUGCACCAGAAUACAAAGCUCCAAGACCUAUGGGAAUCUCUGUGGUCUUCAUUUUGA